UCUAUUUUGAUAAAAAUUGUAAUUUUCCAGUAGGUGAUGUUUCUAAUUUUAAAAUUAAUAUUUACCUAUCUAUAAUUAUUAAUUGUAUUAUUUAUAAUAUAAUUGAUUAUUUUUCCUUUUAUUUUUUUAACUAUUCUGUGAAUUACUUCUGUAUAAAAUUUAACUAAGCUAUAGGUAUGGAAAUUUAUUUAUACAAAACUAGUUAUUUCAAUUAGGUACUUAAAAACGUGUUAUAAGCUUAUUAAAGAUUAAUGCCAUGUUUUAGUUUGGAGAUGGCUUGGAGAUUUAUAAAACAGGUUUACCAUAGAAUGUUUCUCGCAAGGAAUCCAAAACCACCUUAUCCAGGUCACGUGACUCAAAUUGGAGAUCCAGUAUUGCGAAAUAUUGCCUCUCCUGUUCCUCUUGACAAAAUACAUACUAAAGAACUACAAAAUGUAAGAAUAUUUGGUAAGCAUUUUUAAUCUAUACCUUGGUGACUAUAUUUACAUUUAAAUUUCUAGUAUUUGAAACAAACAGAUUCACUGCCUUUCACUAGGUACAUUGCUUCUUUGUACAUUCUUCAUGCCAUCAUAAAUUAUUUAGCCAACAAACCACUUAAAUGCUUAGAAAGUUAAUGACAAACUUAAUGUGAACCCUCAUUUUCAAAUAUAGUUUUCUUUUUCUUUUUAUUUGUUGUACCUAUAUACUUAGUUAUGCAUGUCCUUAAGCCAAGCAUUGUUUUUAUUCUUUAUAAAUUCUAAAUAUGUAAAAAAGGGCCUCGCCCUAAAAUAAAUAAAAUAAAAUGUUUGCAAAAAAAUUAAGAGAGUCGUCCUUUUUUGUAAGGUAAUUUUGUAGGAAAUUCUGUAGUAUGCUUGAUUUUUAUUUUCUAUGGAUAUUUUUAAAUAUUAUAUUAAUAUAUUAAUUUACAAAUAACCCGGUAAACCCAACAUUUGGACAUAAAACAAAUAUAAAGUGCGCUAUUUGUUUCUAAUACACUGUAUAAUAUACAAAUUAAUGAUUUUUCUUUUUUGUUAAGAAAAUUUGCUGUUCUUUCUUAUCAUGAAAUGACUAUACAAUUUAUUUUAUUUUAACAAGAUGAAUAGUAACUAAUUCCUUUUUAAAAGGAGCUCUCCAAGCACUAAAUUUCAACUACUUAAUUUUAUUGUAAUAUGUUAAUGUUUUCUGUUAUGUAGCUUAUUUAUAUUUUGAAAUCUCUGAUAAAACGAUCAAAUCUUAUUGGUCUAUCAGCACCCCAAGUUGGUAUACCAUUACAAGUAUUUGUUAUUGAUUUUCCACAUCCAUCAAAGUAUUUUAGCAAAGAAGAAAUAAUUAGAAAAGAAAUGGAACAUAUUAAAAAUCAGGUUAUAAGAAGAAUUGUUUGUGUUAUAAUUGUGGUUAUAAUGGUUUUGUAAUUGUAGGUUUGGAUAAAUCCUGAAUUAAAAGUACUAGAUCAUGCAAAAGUUAUAUUCAAUGAAUCCUGUGCUAGUUUUAAGGGUUACUCAGCUGAUGUUCCUCGAUUUAAGCGAGUACUUUUAACAGGUAUAAUAAAACUGUGUUUAAUUUAUAUUUCUAUUUAAUUUAAUUUAAUUUAAUUUAAUUUAAUUUAAUUUUAGGACUUAAUGAAAAUGGAGAAAAAAAAAUUUGGGAUGCUAAAGGUUGGUCAGCUCGUAUAUUACAACAUGAAAUGGAUCAUUUAAAUGGAGUCAUGUUCAGUGAUCGAAUGAUAGCUACUAGUUUGUGUUGUACGGGAUGGCAUACUAUUAAUAAAUUUCAAGGGUUUGUAGAACUUAGGUAUGACCAUUAAAUGGAUAUUAAAUUGUUUAAUAUUUAAUUAUUGAUUUUGAAUAAUAAAGAAGAAAUAUUUGUUAGUAAAAUGUAUAUAUAAUAAACCUUAUAAGUGUUUCUUCUCUUAAGUAUAUAAAUGUAUAAAGUGAUUGAGAUUUCAAUACAUUUGUGAAUGAUCUCGUUAUUUGUGUGGAUAACAAUUGGAAGUACUUAUGAAAUAAUGGUAGGCCAUCAUUACCAGUUGAUCUUGUAUGCUUUACAUAUACUGCUUUAAUAAAAUGUGUAUAUGCAAUGGUUUUAUUGUAUCACAAUAUUAUUAUUGUUGUUCAUGAAAAUUAAACCAAUAUUUAAUUGUUCAUUUUUAAAUUUUUUUCAUAGACCUUGAAUUUAUAUUUAUUUGAUUUCAAAUAAUUGAAUAUAAUAAAUCAUAAUUAACACAUUUAACUAAUCUG